AUUUUGACAUCCCAUUGCAUAGCUAGCUUCUCGGCCAAGGAAGCCAAGCAAGUGGGGAGUCAUGAUGUUCGUAUUUGAAGCUUCUCAUGUGAUCCUGAGAAGCUUCCAGCAAAAAGAAAAGUGGAUAUAAAGGCAUACAAUUCCCGGGUCUUUCUAGAUACUCGUGAACAUUCACGUCACUAGACCCUCGGGACAUACGUUGCGAGAUCUUUUAGUCGGAUACGAGUAUCUCUCAAAGCACCAUUCGUCUCCAUUCUUCUUCCAACUAGGCUCCUUCAUCUGCCAGGUCUUCAAUCAAGACUAAUACCAUCACCACUACAAGCAGCACACAAUGCAACUCACCACUCUUCUCACCGGCGCUCUCGCCGUCCUUUCUAUUGGCGCCUCCGCCUUGCCCGCCUCCUCCUCCUCUUCCUCAUCCGAGUACAACAGCAAACGCGUCCCCACCCUCGGCGGCUUCCGCCUCUCCACCGCCGACACCUGUCCCAUGGACCUCAACUCCCAUAAUUGGGAGUUUUACACGGUCAAUUUCGGGGCCGCCUGCGGCGAAUGCACCGUACCCAAGAAGCAGUUGACAGGCCCCGUCACGGAGACGUUCGACGCCCGCACCAUCAGCGACGCCUACCUCAAUCCCAAGUGCCAGAUCACGCUGUUCAAGAAGAUGGACUGUUCGGAUCCGGGUAUCGUGAGCGGUAGUGGGUGCUGGGCGCCCGAAGGCGGGAUUAAAGCUUAUAAGAUUACGUGCCCUUGGUGGGAGGAGCCGGCGGCGGGUGCAGAGGAGGGGGGAAGUUGGUUGAGGCCUUGUUAUGACUAGACUGGAGGGUUUCUUUGCCUGGGAUGAAGGAAGGAAGGAAGAAAGGAAGGGGAGAGGCGGGUGUUGGUGGAUGAAGUAUCGGGGCUUU